ACUAGAGCUGUGAAUAUAAAAGAAUAUGGCUUCAAUAGAUGAUGACGAAUUUCUAGACGAAGAACCUGCAGAUAUCUGUAUAAGUUUUCCACCUGAAGUCCAGAAUGCUAUUGAACAGGUUCUGCCAAGUAAUGACCCACUUGACCAACCAGAUUUUAAUGCUGUUGACUAUAUCAAUUCUCUGUUUCCAACCGAACAGUCUCUUUCAAAUAUCGAUGAUGUGGUCAACAGCAUGGAAUGUAAGAUUCAUACCAUAGAUGAUGAAAUUCGAACUGUUGUUCGAGGACAGACGAAUGUUGGGCAGGAUGGCCGUACAGCUUUGGAAGAAGCCCAGCGAGUUAUUCGUCAGUUAUUUGUGCACAUUGCAGACAUCAAGGCAAAAGCAGAACAAUCAGAGGAGAUGGUGAAGGAAAUCACACGUGACAUCAAGCAGUUAGAUUGUGCCAAGCGCAAUCUUACAGCUGCAAUUACCACACUGAAUCAUCUGCACAUGCUUGUAGGUGGUGUGGAUGACUUACGAAUACUAACCAAGAGACGCCAGUAUGGUGAGAUUGUGAUGCCCCUUCAAGCAGUAAUGGAAGUAAUGAAGCACUUUCACAACUAUAUGGACAUUCCGCAGAUCAAACAGCUUGCAGAUCAGGUUCAUCAGAUUCAUUUUGAACUUGCUCAGCAGAUAACUUCAGAUUUCCAUGAAGCUUUUUCUGCGUCAAAUGCCAGGCACUUUACUCCCAAUAGGCAGUUGGCAGAAGCAUGUCUUGUCGUGUCUGUGCUUGAUCCUAAAGUGAAGCGUGAUUUGUUAAAGUGGUUCAUUGGACUCCAGCUAGCAGAAUACUGUCACCUGUUCCAAGAAACAGAGGACACAGCUUGGCUGGAUAAAAUUAACCGACGAUAUGUAUGGUUCAAGAAACAUUUGUUAGAGUUUGAGGAUAAAUUUGGACCUAUGUUCCCACCAGACUGGGAACUUUCAGAGAGGAUCACUGUGGAAUUUUGCAACAUUACAAGGUCUGAAUUGUCAAAGCUUAUGUCAAAACGCAAAUCAGAAUUGGAUGUGAAGCUAUUGCUUUAUGCAAUUCGACAUACUAGCGACUUUGAGAAACUUUUGGUUACCCGUUUUACUGGUGUAACAUUAGAGGACCCUUCAGACAACAUUACAUCUUCAGAAAGGAAAAAGUCUCAGGUACCGCCAUCCACAAAUCCAUUUGAGAGUUCAGAAUCUGAUGGACAGUCACCCAACCCCUUUGAAGGGGAUAUGGAAAAGACAGAUGAAUGCAGUCCUUCACAGAUAGCAGCAAAAUCUAAACUUUCACCUUUCCAUGGUAUUAUUGGAAAGUGCUUUGAACCAUACUUGUACAUAUAUAUUGGGAGUUUAGACAGAAAUCUGGCAGAGCUGAUAGAGAGAUUUGUUGACGAUGCCAAGCAGCAGUCAAAUACAGCUGCCAGUCUCUCUUCUGAGGGUUCUGGUAUGGUUCUUUCUUCAUGUGCUGAUCUGUUUAUGUUUUACAAGAAGUGCAUGGUACAGUGUACACAGCUUAGUACAGGAGAACCCAUGCUAGGUCUUGCUACCACUUUUCAACGCUAUCUACGAGAGUAUGCUGUGAAGUUACUCCAGAACAACUUACCAAAGAUUUCAGCUCCUGGUUCAAUUGGAAGCAGCAUGUCAAAUAUCACUCGAGAUUUUCGUGACCUCUCAACAUCAGGAUUCAUGCAGAAUAUUCAUAGCCUGUUGAAAGAAGGUGAAGUAACUCGUUACACCCAUGAGGAACAAACUCGUGUUUGCAGUAUUCUGGCGACAGCAGAGUACUGCCUGGAGACAACACAGCAGUUGGGAGAGAAACUGAAGGAGAAGGUGGACCCAAACUUGGCUGACAAAAUCAACCUCUCCCAGGAACAGGACAUGUUUCACAAUGUUAUUUCAAAUUGUAUUCAGCUGUUAGUCCAGGAUCUAGAAACAGCUUGUGAACCUGCUCUCAUAGCAAUGAGCAAGAUUUCAUGGCAGAACAUUGAGACUGUGGGAGAUCAAAGUGGUUAUGUCACAGCCAUCACAUCACAUUUGAAGCAGACUGUACCGGUUAUUCGAGACAACCUUGCUUCGUCACGGAAGUAUUUCACACAGUUUUGUGUUAAAUUUGCGAAUUCAUUUAUACCAAAGUUUAUUCAGCACAUCUAUAAGUGUAAGCCAGUUAGUACUGUUGGAGCUGAACAACUGUUACUGGACACGCAUAUGCUGAAAACAGUUCUUCUUGACUUGCCAUCUAUUGGCUCUCAAGUGAAUCGCAAGGCUCCAGCCAGCUAUACCAAGAUUGUGGUGAAAGGGAUGACUAAAGCAGAAAUGAUCCUGAAAGUUGUGAUGGCUCCUACAGACCCAGCAAGGACAUUCACAGAUCAGUUUGCUAAACUGUUACCUGAGGCUGAUCCAUCAGAGUUCCAGAAGGUGCUAGAUAUGAAGGGACUCAGACGUAAUGACCAGAGCUCUCUUAUGGAACUGUUCCGGUCCCACCUUCAAACUCUGGUCCAAUCAGGUUCUGGUGGUACAACUGCAGGAGGACCAGCCCCUCUUAGUGCUUCUCUAAGCAGUCCAGAGCAUGAGUCAAGUCGCAUCAAGAAACUUGAAAAGUUGAUAAAGAAGCGACUUUAGACAUUUAUCCCAAGAAAUCUCACUUUCUGUUGGUAUGAACUCUUGUUAUAGAUCAUGUGUGCUUGUCUGAAAAACUGAAGUAAUACAGUGCAUAUAUAUAAUAAAAUUCAUUGCUUUGAAUAGGUUCAGGGUACUGCAGGUUAUGGCAAACGCUUUGAAAAAUAUUUUGUUUUUGUUUUUAUGUGAGAGUGUGUGUGUAUGUGAGUGAAUGAGUGAGUGAGUGAGUGUGUGUGUGUGUGUGUGCACGAGCACGUGCAUGCCUGCAUGUGAAUAGUCAUGUGUUAUUUAAUGAUGUUUUCAGUAUGAGGCUGUAUAUUUAUUUUAUAUCUUGUAUGGCAAUAAAUGGGUCAGUUGCUAUUUUUGUUAAAGGAAACUUGGUUCUUGCAGUUAAGUAAAUAUGGCAGUAUCUCUUCAGUCUAGCAAUUCCCCUCACCUACACAAAAACCAUGUUCAUUAAAGAUUUUGACAACAUUAUUUAUUUGUACUUUACACUUAACUCCUUAUUCUACAAAGAUACAGAAAACAACUUUUUGUGAUUUCAUUCUUAUAAACCAGUAUUUUUUUUUCUUGUAUGGUAAUGAUUUGUUGCUGCUGUGUUAAACGCAUUAAGCCAAACUUGAGAACCUUAGACAUCACAGUCACCUGCUGAUACCUGCCAUAUCAGUGUUUUUUGUUCUUCCUUUAUAUUUGUUUUGCGUGCUGUUCAUUAGAAUAAAUAUGUCCAUAUAUGUGUGAUAUAUGUUUUUCUUCCUUUACUAUUGUUUAUAAAUAUGUACAAUAUGCGCCAUAGUUGAGUAGUUGAGUAUUAUUUCCGCUCAUAAGGAAGUGGUCCCCAGACAGCUCGCUUCCUUGGUUUUGAGCGGCCAGAUGUUAUCGUCCAGAAACCGCUACAUAGUACACAUGUGACGAUAUGGUGUGCCGUCUCAGCACACGGUAUAUUAGGCCCCUAUUUCAUUGAGGAUGAGGAAGGCAAUGCUGUUACUGUCACCCAAGAAUGCUACAGAGACAUGGUGAUUGGACCAUUUCUUCAGAAUUUGAAAAGGUUUUGUCGUGCGGGGGGCCUUCACAUGAAUGGACAGUGGUAUCAACAGGAUGUCUUUUCAUUUCAGUACUGCAUAUUUUGGCGCAUACUGUAUUAUCUCAGGUCACCUAUCUUUAAUUAUUAUCUUUAAAUUAAUGGAGAAUUCAUGUUCACUAAAUUUUCUCUUAACAAAUGCUCUUCAAGGAAAUCAUUACUUCCUAAAAUGAUAAAUUAACUUAUUCUUAAAUUGUUUAACAUGUGAUUCAUUCAUGUGCACUUGUGAAUCACCUUAUUUAUAUGUUUGGUAGAUUCAGUGGUGAAAUAAGCUGUAAAAUAUAUCACAUUAAACCUUACACAGACAAUGAU